CCAUCACCCCAUCACCAUUCUACCGCCCCUUCCUUCUUCUACCCCAUUAACCCCCUUUUCUCCUUCAAACCUCUCUCUCACCCCCUCAUUCAUAUCCCUCUUCACUCUCUCUCACAUUCAUCGAAUCCUCUUCUUUCUCGCUUACCAGUCAUGGCCUUCGAAGCUCACCACGACACCACUGUCAUGGAAAUCAAGCCCAAGAACAGAAGAAUCAUGGCUGCUGGAGGUCCUGAUGGCGAGGACAACAGGUGGCCGCCAUGGUUGAAGCCUCUGCUCAAAGAGAGCUUCUUUGUUCCAUGCCAGGAGCACGCUGAUUCUCACAAGAGCGAAUGCAAUAUGUAUUGUCUGGAUUGUAUGAACGGCGCUCUCUGCUCUCUCUGCCUCGCGGACCACAGAGACCAUCGUGUUAUACAGAUAAGGAGGUCUUCCUACCACGAUGUGAUUAGAGUCAAUGAGAUUCAGAAGGUUCUCGACAUAUCCGGCGUUCAGACCUACAUUAUCAACAGCGCAAGGGUGGUGUUCUUGAACGAGAGGCCUCAGCCUAGGCCCGGAAAGGGCGUCACCAACACUUGCGAAGUCUGCGAGCGUAGCCUCCUCGAUUCCUAUCGAUUCUGUUCUCUGGGCUGCAAGAUUAAGGGGACAUCGAGGGAUUUCCAGAAGAAGAAAAGGUCGGCGGCAUUAGCAUCGGAGUCAGAGGAUUCAUACAGCAGCAGCAGCAGCCACAGCCGGCGCAGGAACAGUAAAGUUCAGAGCUUCACACCGUCGACGCCGCCGCCGACUUCGGGGAAUCACAGGGCGGCCAAGAGAAGAAAGGGGAUACCUCACAGGGCCCCAAUGGGAGGACUAAUCAUAGAAUACUAGACUAGAUACUCUGUGAGUAUUUUAGUUUAUUUGCAGUAAUGCCCCUGACAGGGGGGCCGGAAUCGGGGACUCUGAUAUAUCCCCCCUCUGGUAUUUUGGUUUGGCUUUUCUAGUGGCUUCUAGUUCUCUGUAUAUACAAGAUCCAAAUAGGUUGAGAGGAAGAUAAAAGGAAAGGCAGACAAUACGCUAAGCUAUAUGUGAAAUACGGUUUGGUGAGGCAGGAAAACUGGUAUAGGUUGGGUCUCUAGGUCAAAAUAUGCGGAACUAUUGGGGUCGGAAUGUAAAUAGUGGAUGUUCAAUGUCUAUAGUCUAAUAAUCUAUAUAUGGAAUGGUGGAAUAAGAAGUUUUAUGUAUCUUGAUAUCAUAAUUCCCUUGGCAGU